GAGCCUCUUGUCCGCUGCCGCGGCCUCCCUCGUUCUCCCGUUGGUGAGCCGUUUCAGGUAGCUCCAGGGGGCCUAUCUGCCGCGGCCCUCGUCGAUCUGGCCAUCAGUGAGCCGUUUCGUCAGGCAAGAAAAGCCUUGUCAGCUGCCGCCGGCCGGCCGGUCGGCGGAUGAGACGGUGUAUGCAUUCCGGCGUUGCAACGGAAACCCGUAUGGAAGCUCGCGGUGGACUGAAACUUAACAGGGGUAUGCAUCCCCGCGUUGCGGCGAAAGCAUGUAUGGAAGCUCGCCGCGGACUCAAACAUAACAGAUGCAGUACCUCCACGAGCUUGAAAGAAAUUAUUAGCACUAAUUUGUUGAUCCUGGUGGCACUAUCAUAUCUAGUUCAUGCUGUCAGUGCGCAAUCACUAGAUGAACCAUUCAGGGGGACUGGAGCAGAAAUUUAUGAAAUGACAUACGACCUCAAACAGGAUCAGCAGGCUUCAUUUAUUGUUAGCUUCAUUGACUGUGCAACCAAAGAAUCUGAAUUUCACUUAGGGACCCUGAAGGUUCUUAGAAAUCAAACAGAUACCGAUCGAGAAGUGCCAUUUGGUUGGAUCCUACCCAGACUAAUUGCCCGUAAGGGGUCCGUUACCUUGGCUUUUAGGACCGAUAACUUAUACUUGAUAGGGUUCACAGAUAAAUAUGGAGGUUGGUAUAGUUUCAAUGGGUACAAAGUUUUGAUCCCGGGUUCCACUGAAUUGGAAAUUAAUGGAGGAUACGGAGAGGGUGGGAUGGGUGGGUUUAGAAAACUGGAAGAUCUACCCCUAAGCAGGAGACAUGCCUUAGAUGCUGUAGAUAUUCUUUGGGAUUACGACCCAUCUACUACACCCAAGGAAGUCCUCCAAAAUGCAACAGCAACACUACUGUUAGUAAUCCCUGAAUCUGCAAGAUUUAAAGAAGUGUUUGAGCCGGUCAUUGCUGAUUGGGACAGUAAUGAGGGCAUCAGCUUAAAGGAAAAGAUUAAAAGCAUAGGACUACUGCAUAAUUGGGGUAUGCUUUCAAGUGUGGGAAUGAUCGGAUUACCAUGGGAUAGCAGCGAAGUGCAGGGCUAUGUUAAAAAAAUGAGAAAAGACGAAGUUUAUAUAAAUAGCAAAGAGGAUGCACUCCGACCUCUUAAGGUUUUACUUAUGUCGAAAGCAAUGAGACCAAAAGAACUCGUCAUCAAAAGGAUUAAUGACCCCCAGUCCUAGAGUGUGAUGUCAACAAACGUGAUGCUUUGAGGAAGUGAUAUUUGCUAGAAGGACCACAACAAAUUUUAGUUGCAGUACAUUGGAUGGAACUGUGUCGAUAUGUCCAGUUUUAUUGAAUUGAAAUAAAUUUGGUGCACUCUAGCAAUGUUAGAUUUAUUGUUGAAAAUAACAAUCGUAGGCGUAUAUUAUUUACACUGUGGAUCAAUUAGCAGUUAGGUAAUGCCAGGUUGAGAUGAAUUGCUGUUGUGGUAUGAGUAAAGGACGAAACACUGAGAAAAUUCAUUCAGCACAAAGGCUGUGUUUAGAUCCAAAGUUUGGAUCUAAACUUCAGUCCUUUUCUAUCA